GGUGGGCGCCAAUGAGGCGGGGCGGGGCCGCGCGCCGCAGGCGGGGGCGCCCUCUGGUGGCGGCACGGCAGCCGGGCGUGGCCGAGGAUGGGUGCGCGGCUGGUGACGUUAUCUGGCCGCGACGCGGGGCAUGCCUAGCGCCAAACCGUUUUUUUGUUAUUUAUUUAUUUAUUUAUUUUGUUAAUACUAGUAUUAAUAGCAUUUUAAUACAAUUAGGCAGCGGGCACACUGGACGAAGCCCCGUGACCACGAGAGUGUGGCACGGGGCAGCGUGGGUCCGGCCCUGCAGGGAGAGGAAGCCGUGCCUGCGGGGCCCCAAGGCGUCGCGGGGUCAGCCGUGGGUCGUGCUGGCUGCGGCCUGUGGCUGCACGGACACAGUGACGUCUAAUCCUUGUACAUUUCCAUACCCAGCCUUUUCAAAAGCAGUUUGCCGUGGUGUCGUACGUCCUGAUUAUGGCAGACAGGGAAGAAGUUCAGUACAGCAGCGGCUUCUGUGCGCUGGCCCCGUUACAUCUGCAUCACAGCACCGCCGGGCUGCGUCUGCUGGAGGCUCCCCCACACGGGCUCAGAGGCAGCGGAGAGCUGGGAAGCGCCGUGAGAGCCAAGCCCUCAGCUGAACCCCCAGGGCAACUCGCUUGCCAUAGCAACAAACCACAGGAAGGGGAAACAGCUCCCCCAGAUACGCAGGCUUGGUUGAAUGUCUCCUUGCGUUCAGAAUGAAGUCACAGCCUGAAUCGAGUAAAAUGUAUGUCAGAGUCAGUCUGUCAAGAAUUAUAAUAGCUUAUUAGUUGCUAUGAUUACGAGAGAGUAUUAAUUUAGGAUCAGCUCAGAAGGACUUGAAUUAAGUAAGAGCAGGCUAUGGGACAGAAUAUAAGAGCCACAGGAAGGAAGGAAAAGACUGUAUCCAUUGGAAGGCUGCAGGGAAAUGUAAUAAGAAGUGCAGAGAGAGCUUGGAAUUCACUGUUUCUGUCACAAGUCGAGGAGAUGUUGCUGUCACCCACUCAUGCUGCACAGAUCAUGUUGCACAGAAGAGCCAGGCAAGCUGAACAGAAAUAUCUGUGUGAGAGAGGAAUGCAAAGAGAAACACUCAUCACCUCUGAUGUGCUGUCUGUACUUCCAUUUGAUCCUCUGACUGUCUGUCUUACAUUCAUCCCAGUGCUUGCCUUUAUGGCUGCUCAUACAACUUCAAGAUAUGUCAUAACAGUCAAGUGACUUUGGCCCUCUCUUGCUCACCUUUUGAGAUGGACGUGUUAUGUACAUUGUUUAUGA